AUGGGAGUGGUUGUAUUCGGUAAAUCCAUAAAGCACAAUUUCCCCGUGCGUAUAGGUCUCGCCAAAACGAUAUUUGGAAUAGGACCCACCACAGCCGCCAAGUUAAUGGCCAAGAUUGGAAUCUAUCCAAACUGUAAAAUGAACCAACUUACAGAACCACAAAUAUUGGACCUCAAUAAAGAAAUAUCGCUGUUGUUGGUGGAAGGUCACUUGAAACAGAAAAUUAACAACGACAUCAAAUUGAAGAGAGAUAUUGGAUCAUUUGCUGGUUUCAGACACGCUUGGGGAUUCCCUGUUAGAGGCCAAAGAACAAAAACUAAUGCCAACACUGCAAAGAGGUUGAAUAAACUCGAGAGGUUUAGGCUUUAG